AUGCUGUUUAACAGACUACAGAUAUCGGUGAUAUGUGGCGCGGGAGCAGAUGUCAAUGUCAUGUCUAUGGAUGCGAUGAAAGCAAUUAAGACCCACUGCCCACAGUUGAAGUUCGUGCCCGAAGUACUGAGUUUCAAGACAGCCGGUCCCGAAAUCCUCACCACCGAAGGAUAUGUGCUCGUAGACAUAUUACAUCAAGGGAAUAACACACUACACCGGGCUCUGCCAGUCUUAUACGCCGACCAGGCAGAUCCAACUCUAAGUCUGCUAGUAGCUGUUACAGUGAAUGUGUUUAGACUAGAGGGGUUCCCCUAUAUGAGUGAUCUAUAA